AUGGCGACCCCGGUCGACUCGGACCAGUCCUCCUCGCAGGUGUACCCCGACGAAGAUGGACCGCGGAAUAGCGAAUGGAAGCUUUUCGAGAAGGUGAAAAAUGCCUGGAAGAAGCUGGAACUGGAUAUGCCGACCCUUCUUCUCAUGAUGAAAGGAGCCCUUCCACCGACGAUAUGUGUCGCUAUGUACCAAGCGGAUGCAGUUUCAUCGUUAUUUACUACUGUCGGAUAUUUCGUGGCUAUCAUCGCCGUUUUGGGGUUCUCGAUCAUGCCUCGUGCCAAGUUCAUCCAGAUGUUGGUUCUUGAUGUGCUAGCAGCCUGUGUCGCAUCGGCUGUUGCUCUACUUAUGAUGUACUCGUGCAUCAAGGCACGCCAACACACUGAAUCUGCUGCCGAUGCUGCUAGCGGCAGUGCUACAUCUGCGCCGUACAAUUCGUCUGCUGCAGCAGUGAGUGGUGUCUGGCUAUUCUUUGAGAUCUAUGUGGUCCACACGUUCCGAGCCAAGUUCCAGCAAUUUCAGUUUCCCGUCAUCAUCUAUUCGAUAGUUGCCAAUGUUACCUUCACGUAUGCUUCGCGGCUCGCGACUAUGACCGCGGGGAUUACUCUCGUCAGGAAGUUGCUCGAAGCGUGUUUGACUGGCCUGGGCAUUGCAACAGGUGUCUCCUUGUUCAUUCUCCCUAUGAGUACUAGAGGCAUCGUAUUUAAACAGAUGGCAGGCUACAUCGGGUCCCUGCGCUCUGCUCUCAAUGCCCACGUGGCCUACUUUGAGACACUGGAAAAGGAUGACAUGUUCGGUCGGGCAGAGACGUACGACUCAACCGUGGAAAAGAUCACUGAUAAGGGUAAAGUGUAUAGCCCGGAAGCGCAAGCUAUUCGCACCGCUUGUCAGAAAGUCACAGAACUUCAUGCCAAAAUCCACGGGGACUUGACCUUUGCGAAGCGUGAGAUUGCAAUUGGAAAGCUUGGGCCAGACGACCUCCAGGGGAUAUUCCGACAUCUGCGCCAGAUCAUGAUUCCUGUAGUUGGCCUAAGUUUCGUUGUGGAUAUUUUCCAGCGUCUCUCCGAUUACAACAAAUGGAAUCAGUCCAUCGGCCCUACCGGAACAGAGAUUCCUGAUGCGGUACGCCAGCGGGUUAGACAAGAAUGGAAUGAGAUCAUGAGGGCCGUUCAUGAUCCCUUCAGCUCCAUGAUUCACACCAUCGAUGAGGGUUUACAACAUGUUGCACUUUUGCUUGAGCUGAACAAGCCGGCAAAAGCGUCGACUACUGGCAAAGGCACUGAGGAUGUUGAGGCAACAUCUUGUCCUAAACCCGGGGAAAAGGGGUUCUCGGAGUACUAUGCGAAGAAGAUUCGCGAUUUCAAGUACGCCAAGCGGAUUGCCUUGCGGAGCUGGAGUGAAGAAAAGGGCAUCAUCUUGCCGCCCGACUUUUUUGAGCACCCGUCAUCUGUGCACUUAGAUGUGGAUGAUAUUCCGGACAACAGCUUUGGAGUUGGCCGAGACCGGAGCCGACGGCAGCUGUACCUUAUUCUCUAUGUGGAACAACUUCUCGAAUCGACCGGCCAUGUAGUCCAUGAUUUCAUUCAGUUUGCAGACGAGAAGGUGGCAAGCGGGAAGCUCGCACGGAAGCGUCUCAUCAUCCCGGGCUCCAAGCGCUUGCUGAAAUGGCUCAUCAGUGCUUUCAAAGCGGAUGACUCGCACGAGGAGGACAAUUUGGGCGGCGAUAUAAACGCGCAGAACAAUAUCCUCCAUUUGGGCGAGGCCUACAAGCACCGAAAGGAUCCGGAACACCUACCGCCAGAGAAUUUAGUCCAAAAAAUUGGAGACAAAAUCCGACUCAUUCCUACGGCGUUACGGUCGCCCGAAUCCGCAUAUGGCUUCCGAGUAGCGUGUGCCACGAUGACCGUCGCCGUGGUUUCCUUCCUUCACGAUACGCAGAGUUUCUUCGUCAAGCAGCGAUUCGUCUGGGCCAUGAUCAUGGUCAACCUGAGCAUGUCACCCACAUCAGGACAAAGCAUAUUUGGCUUCGUUCUUCGUAUCCUAGGUACUGUGCUGUCGAUGGUGCUCAGCCUUUUGGCCUGGUAUAUUCCAGGACAGAAGACCCCGGGCAUUAUCGUGUUCCUCUUCAUAUUCCUAUCGUGCGUUUUCUAUGUGCCGAUCAAGCUAUUCCGCUUCCGCAUCAUUGGGAUCAUCACCAUCAUUUCGACUACAAUGAUUGUUGGCUACGAGCUCGAGGUGCGGAAGAUUGGAGAGGCCGUGGCUGCUUCCAACGGGCAGCAGUACUACCCCAUCUACCUGCUGGGACCCUACCGACUGGCCACCGUGGCCGCCGGUAUUGCCGUGGCCUUCAUCUGGACCUUCUUCCCCUAUCCGAUAUCGGAACACUCCGUCCUUCGCCAAAGUCUAGGAGCCUCUCUAUACCUCCUGGCCAACUACUACUCCGUUAUCCACGAGACAGUAUCUGCGCGAAUGCGCGGCGACGAAGGCGACCUAGCAUUGAAAACCUCCUCGGGACGUCGACUUCUCAAGGCCCGUAACAAGGUCUUCUCAAAACAAAUGCUCAUGCUCAACAACCUUCGAACAUAUUCCGGAUUCCUAAACUGGGAAGUCGCCAUUGGCGGCCGCUUCCCGAAGCGACGGUACAAAUCAAUCAUAACAUGCAUUGAAAACAUCGUAAGCUACCUCAGUCUCCUCGGCUACGCCUCCGACACCCUCCUCCAACUCGGCGGCGACGACGAAUCAGACUCAGCCUGGCUUCACGACUUCCGCAGACUAGUCGCCAGCGCACGCGUCACCACCCACGAAGUCACCACUCUCCUAUGUCUCCUAUCCGCAAGCAUAACCAAUCAGCAGCCAUUGCCACCAUACCUAAAGGCGCCCCGACCAUACAGUUUCUCUAAACGACUCGAGGCCCUGGACAAGGAUAUCCUGAGUCUGCGACAUAUCGCCGAACCGGGAUUUGCUACGUUCUCGGUACUGCAGAUUUCGACGCGAUGUAUCGUUGGGGAUGUGGAUCGAUUGAUGAAGUGA